AUGAAUAAUAUUAUCGAUUUUAUUAAAAAACAUGGGAAUCCAUUUGAAACUCUAGAACUUGAUAUGACAGCAGAUAAAAAAGAGAUUAAAUCAUAAUAUAAAGAUUUAGCUAGAAAAUAUCAUCCUGAUAAGAAUUUAAAUACCAAGGAGAGAUUUAUAAAAAUUUAAAAAGCAUAUGAGUUUAUUGUAAACAAUUUUGCAGAUAUUCAUAAAUAUGUUGAGCAUUAGAAAUUCAGAUAAUAGGAACAUAGUAAAAUGAGUAAUGAAUAGAAAUAAUAUGCGGAGGAUUUAAAAAGAAGAGAAUAAUUUGCUGAAAGAUAGAAAUAAUAAGAAGAAGUAGUAAAGUAAAUGAAAGUGAAUGAAGAAGUAUUAAUAUAUUUAAUUUUAGAUGAAUAGACUUGAAGAAUAAAGAAAAUUUGAAGAGAAUGAAAAGAAAUAGAAAUAAGAGAAAUUAAUCUAAUUUGAGUUACAAAAUUAAGAUCUGUAUAAGAGAUUAAAUACAAUAAAGAUAAAAUGGGCAAAAGAUUAAUUGUAUACAUCUGAUUUGAUAAAUUUAUUAUUUAAAAACUAUGGUGCUAUUCAGGAAAUUAAAAUUUUAGAUAAUAAGAGAAAAGCAAUGAUUACAUAUCAUACUACUGAAGCAGCUGUAAAUAUAUAAUUUAUAUAAUUUAGAAUAAUGCAGUGAUUUAAUAAAAUAAUGGAUUUUUGAAGGUUAAACAUUUUAUGAAAGAGGAAAAGAGAAAGUAAGUUCAGAAGUAAUUACAAACAGAGAAAGAAAGAAUCAAUAGAAAUGAAUAAGAUGUAUAUCAACUUAGUACGGAUACUUUGAAAAGAAUUUCGCAUUUUUAUAAUAAAGAUUCUAAAAUAUAGGAGGGUUUGGAUGAUCUUAAAAGAGAAUAAGAGAGAUUAAAAUUAAUAAAUUAAAUUUAUGAAGAAGAACUAAAUAAAUGA